AUGUCUACUCACGUGGUGGAUGCCAGUCCCAGUAAGGCAGCACCAUCAGCACUUGCCGCAGCCAAGGGCAGUGAGAUGGCCCUGUCUCAAGAACAGUUUGGAAGCCCCACUAUCACCACGAAAGAGCUUACCCAGUUCAGGUCGCAAACAACCUUUGGUAGCACUUCUGAGCUCCUGCCAACGGUAUCUCUCCCCAUCUUCCCCGAAGACAACUGCAAUAGAUCGCCCUCCAAUGCCACACUUGUCAAUAACGUAGACGCAGAUGAUAAGGACACCAUUGAGUAUAAACGCCUCGGUGCCAAAUCUCCAUGUGUUACCCUACUAAGUCUCUCGUUGGGCCCCCUUCUGUCUAAUAUUUUCACCUCGCUGGUUUCGAUUGUUUUAUCAGUCUAUGUCUCUAAAGCUCUUUUAAAUUCCAACGCGGCUGUCGCUGCAUUAACAAUAGCUGCGGUUCCUGAGUUCAUUGCCAACUCCAUAGCGUGGGCCUUGCUGAUAGGGUCAUCGGCCACGGUCAGCGGCUCUCUUGGGAAGGGUGACAUCAUCGGGGCCCGGACAGCUGCCAUUAACGCUGUGACCAUGGCGCUCAUCUUCGGCAUUCUCAUGCUUAUCAUCAUGCUUCCCUCAGCACGGCAAAUCCUCCUUUCACUGGCGAGCAGCGAGCACUCCUCUGAUAUAAUAUCUAUAGCUUAUGACUACAUCUUUGUGUUCAUAUGUGGAAUACCAAUAACUGCUCUCAAUUUCACGCUCAACGGAAUCAUGUCCGGAACGGGGAACGUAAAGCUUGUCAGUAUAUGCAACAUCAUUGAUGUUGUACUUACGCUGGGGGUUUUUGCUCCCAUCUUUCUCUUUGUUCCCGCCACAAAUGCCAGUCUGGGUGUUCGGGGAGCAAGUUUAGCGAUUGUUCUAUCGCGAACCCUUGUUUGCCUUAUCUAUCUGUAUGUCUACAUUUUCCGAGGAAACGUGCGAAUGGAUUGGAGAUUGCUGCAUCAAAACCGCACCUUUGCAUAUGUCAAGGCGAUCCUUGGAGUUGGAUGCAUUGACCUUAUAAGCUCGCUGAGUGGAACAGUCAUCUUAGGCAUCGUGAGUACCUUUGUCUCCAAGUUGGCGACUGACUACGCAAAUCGCAAUCCAAAUGGCAACGAGAAGCAAACCUACGAGGAGGUUAUGGCCUCAUGGGCCUGUCUCAAUCGUAUCUACAACCUCGUUGUUGCCAUAAGCUUUGGGGUGACGGGAGGAUAUCUAGCUCCCGCCUCCUACGCCUAUGGGCGCAAGCUGUAUGAUAGAUUCAUCUCGCUUACCUGGAGUUGCUUUAUUUAUGACAGUGUUCUGCUUCUGCUACUAGGGGUGCUAUUUAUCAUAAUAAUCCCGUGGUUCUCCCAGAUCUUUAGCACGUCUGAGCUAUACACCAUGAUGUCUACUCAGAUAGUAAGAAUAAUGCUAGCCACGUCCGCAAUACUCCCGUUUCAGUUUAUCAUUACAACCAUUUGCCAGGCAUGCAAUAUGAUUCUAAUCGGAUUGCUAGUGGGGGUGGCCACCCAAGUUUUUAUUCUCCCCGCCUGUUUCAUUAUUAUCUAUUAUGUCUCAUUCAAGUACAUCCCCGAAGAUGUCUGGCUCCGCUACCGCCUUUGCAUACUCAGCUUCACGUUCAAUGAUAUUUUGUCGGGAGUGGUUAGUAUCGGGGUCUGGAUUUAUUCGAUGCGCAAGCUCAAACGGCUGGCUCGAGCGCAGGACGUAGAGAAACCAGCAGACAAGCGUUAG